CCUCACUUCCGGAAAUAAGCUCAGCUGCAGUUCAGUGUGGCAGCUUCAGCAGAGAGAGGAGACACAGGCGGACAUCCCGCCACCGACCUGUGUGGCCCGGUGAAACCGUCAGCCCACAACCGUUACCGGCACCAGAACCAGACCUUUAUACCAGCGACUGCAGCACUGGCAUCUCUGCCACCUCACGCCCUCCCCUCGCCCCUGCCCCCUGCUCUGCCUUUGGAUUGAGGGUCAUCCCUCCACCCCACCGCCUGCGCCACAGACUCGCAGCGAAUGCAUCAUGGUGGAUGUAACCAAGUGGCCCAUUUUCAGCCUGAUGGGCCCCCAGGAGCUCUCCACCAUACGGAAAGCGUGCGUGUUUGGAACGUCUGCUAAUGAGGCCAUCUACAUCACCAAUGAUGAUGAGGUGUACGUGUUUGGGUUGAACUGCAGUAACUGCCUGGGGACGGGGGACAGCCAGAGCACAAUUGUCCCCAAGAAGCUGGACUUUCUGAGCGGGAGGAAGGUGGUCAGCCUGAGCUACGGCAGCGGACCUCACAUCCUGCUGGCCACAGAGGACGGAGAGCUAUUCGCCUGGGGUCAUAAUGGUUACAGCCAACUGGGAAAUGGGACAACCAACCAAGGAGUGGCUCCAGUGCUGGUGUCUGCCAACCUGCUGAAUAAGAAGGUCACAGAGGUGGCCUGUGGCUCUCACCACUCUAUGGCUCUGACUGACUCAGGAGAAGUGUAUGCGUGGGGCUACAACAACUGUGGUCAGGUGGGUUCAGGCUCCACAGCGAACCAGCCCACUCCCCGCAGAGUGUCGAGCUGCCUGCAGAACAAAGUGGCUGUCGGUGUCGUCUGUGGGCAGACCUCGUCUCUGGCAGUGGUGGACAACGGAGAGGUGUACGGCUGGGGCUACAACGGGAACGGACAACUUGGACUUGGAAAUAAUGGGAACCAGCUCACUCCCUGUCGCCUUGUCGCUCUGCAGGGUUUAUGUGUGCAACAGAUUGUCUCAGGCUACGGCCACUCCCUGGCACUAACAGAUGAGGGGUUGCUGUACGCUUGGGGUGCCAACACGUAUGGACAACUGGGCACCGGCAACAAGAGCAACCAGCUGAGCCCAGUCCAGAUCAUGACUGAGAAAGAGAGGAUCGUGGAGAUCGCUGCCUGUCACUCCACACACACGUCAGCUGCAAAGACUCAGAGUGGUCAGGUGUACAUGUGGGGCCAGUGCAGGGGCCAGUCUAUAGUGCUGCCUCACCUCACGCACUUCACCUGCACAGACGAUGUCUUUGCAUGCUUCGCCACCCCCUCAGUUAUGUGGAGGCUUCUUUCCGUAGAGCGUGAUGACUUCUUGACCGUGGCUCAGUCUCUAAAGAAAGAGUUUGACAACCCAGAGACAGCUGACCUGAAGUUCUGCGUCGACGGCAAAUACAUCUAUGUGCACAAAGCAGUUCUCAAAAUCAGGUGUGAACACUUCAGGUCCAUGUUCCAGUCCCACUGGAAUGAAGACAUGAAAGAGGUGAUUGAAAUAGACCAGUUCUCCUACCCGGUGUACCGCUCCUUCCUGGAGUUCCUGUACACGGACAAUGUGGAGCUGCCACCAGAGGAUGCUAUUGGACUGCUGGACCUGGCCACGUCAUACUGUGAGAACCGCCUCAAACGUCUGUGUCAACAUAUCAUAAAGAGGGGAAUCACUGUUGAGAAUGCUUUCUCCCUGCUCUCUGCUGCUGUGCGUUAUGAUGCUGAGGACCUGGAAGAGUUUUGCUUUAAGUUCUGCGUGAAUCAUCUGACUGAAGUGACCCAGACCGCCGCCUUCUGGCAGAUUGAUGGCAACAUGCUCAAAGAUUUCAUAUGUCGAGCCAGCCGCUGUGGUGCCUUUAAAAACUGAUCUAAACCUGACAUCAUUAUGGACACGGAUGAAGGCAAUUUUGUGGCGACUCCGGGAGUGAGUUCUUAAAGGACUUUGUCAUUUCCCAGACAGCCUCACAAACUUUCACCAAGUGGUUAUACAAACUUUACAUCAUUAGUUUAACACCAUCACUGUCAAAUGUUAUUCAUCUUAUCCCAGACUAGAACCAUUGUGUCUACUCGAUGAGCUGUACAUACUGAAACUACAAGGCUGAGCUGACAUUAUACAGUCCAGUUAACAGUAGUUGUUUGCCACAGUGCCUGACUGCCUAUUCAUUUACACAUAUUGUGUGAAGCAGGACUUGAAAUGCAUUGAGAGGCAUGCGGUCGCUUGAUUAAAUUGUUUCUGUCAACUUUUUGCCAGUCGCCUGAUAUCACUUAACUUUUUCUAUUACUCUUUUUAAUUGACCAAGUUACUUCUUUAGAGGCCUUUGCACUUUUAGAUAUCAGGAUAGAACAAGUAUUUGAAGACUGGACAUUGACGUUAUCAAUAAUGUAGAUUUAAGCCUGUAUUGAGUUUGUUUAGGUCAGACUCCAGCGGUCAUUGGUCCCAGUAGCUGAAGUUUGAUCUUCUGUGAAGGUUUGGAAACAACCCAAAGAGGGGAGCUCAGGUUACAUUUAGAUUUAGAACAGAGUGAGAUUCAUACUUAAAGGGAUGGUUUCGGAUUUUUUUUAAGUGGGGUUUUAUGAGGUACUUAUCUAUUCAUAGUCAGUGUAUUACCUACGGUAGAUUGCGGUUGGCACAGCAGCACAUUGCAUAGCUUCCGUCGUGGAAGUCCUUCCUGCUUCUCCAAACUGGAGGCAACCACCAUCUACUCCCUUACUAUGACUAACUACCUGGUACAAUCUCACUUCAAAAAAUCGGUGGUCCCUUUAAACUGUUGGUGAUGUGAACAUGAUGCCAUACAGUUAUGGAUUCCUGAAUUUGCAAAGUGUUAUUUUGUGCAGCUACAACUCCAUAAGAUAAAAAAAGAGCUUCUUUAAUUUGUCUAUUUGUAUUGUAAUAAACACUUAAGUUGGUGUUGACUGGCAGAUAAAGUUGCUGGUUGCCAGCUGAAAAAAAAAAGUAUGGAGCCAUGACAAAUCAGUUUACAGUUUUCUGAUUGAUGAUACUGAUUGAUACUAUGUAUUAUAAAUUGCCAGUUUGUGAUCUUUGCAAAUGUGAAUAAAGACUUGUGUUUUCUGUCA